GUUUGAGACAGUAGCUGUACCAGCAGGCAGCAGCUCCUCCUCCUCCUCCUCCUGAUUUCACCUUCCCCAACUUCUCCCUACCAAGUGAAGAAUGGUUUUGUGUAUUUGAAGUUCCUUCCCUCAAGAGCCCUUCUUUUCUCAUCUAACUGAGCUAAGGUGCUGAUACGUUUCCUAUCACCACCAACACCAGAACCUUUUCUUUCUCUUGAGAAAUGCCAAUCUUAGUGGAGAGGAUAGCCAAUAUCUUUGACUGAUUUUGUUUGUGCCCAUUCAGAUUCCUCGCAUCAAAAGCCCUCAGAAAUCAAAGAUUGUUUACAGGGUUUGGAGGACCCAGAGGAUACAGCUCUUGUUUCAAUAGCCCUGGCCUUUUGCCCUGAAGGAAUGAGGGAAAACGCUCAUGUCUGCACCGGUCUGGCGCCUCUAGGGUUUGUUUGGUUGAUCCAUCGGUGUCACCGGCAGAAUCGGAAAUGAAAAAGAAGAAGCUUUCGGAGGUGAUGCAUACCUGUAUGAACCGUGGUGGUGGGUUGGAAUGAACUCAACUAUUUAAUACCGAAACGGAAGAAACAAGUCAAACAACCAUUGCAUGUAGUCUUUGUGUCACUGGUGACUUGACUGAUAAAAGCCCUGCAGAGAAGAGAUCCAAUCGGUGUUCUUAUAACGAUCACAUUCUGUUUUCUCCUUUGUUGAGCUGCGCAUGUGACUGUAGGCACCACACUACCAGUGAGGUUGGCAACGUCCUUCAUUUUUCCUCCAUUCAUAAUCCGAUCCAGGCUUGGUUUCAUCCAGUUGUGGCUUUUUCUCCUCUUCAUUCUCAAGUGCUAUAGCUUGUUCGCAAAAUUCCUUCCCGAUACCCCUUCAUCAAUUCUUGGGCAACCCAAACCCUAGCCUUGGAAAAUACACAAAGUCAAGCUACAUUUAGGGCUCCAAAUCCAUGCAAAGAAAUUGAAUUACCUUUGUACUUCAGAAAGGCUCAGCUUGCUAGAGAAUCUGGCGAUUGGUUUGACCUAAUUUGAGAAUCUAAGAAUCUCAAAUCAGUUUGACAGACAUCAAGAAUUAGAAACCCUUGGUGAUAACGGCUCAUGUGUGAGAAGAUCGGACAACACAAAUGUUGCAAUAGGUGAGAAUGGUGAUCGUGAUAGGAAGGUUGCAUCUCACUGUUUGACUUCAGAUGAUAGCUUUCCCGUGGCUGAAAAGGUUGUGACUUGUACUUGUUUUGACAAAGCUGGUGGCUAUCCCUGUGAGUUUCCAAAAUUUACUGAAGAACUUCCACUGGUUGAGGGCGAACCUUUUGAGUGCUCAAGUCAUUCAUCCCAGAAGAAUCAUCUCUGGCAGUCUGUAUCUUUCAUAAAGAACACAAGAAUGCUAAAAUCUCAGCGAUCGCAGCCAGGGAAUCCUGGCAAUGGUUCUGACUUAAAUGACGAUUGGGUUAGAGUUUGUGAUACCUGUGGGGAUGUAGGAGAUGAGUCCUUACUUGUUUCUUGUAACAAGUGUACUGAUGGCGCAGCACACACUUAUUGUAUGCGUGUUAAGCUGUUUGAAAAGCCUAAACAUUGGGUGUGUGAAGACUGUGCACCAACGGCAGGAACUAACAAAUUAGUGGAAGAUGACGUUGAAGUAGGUGCUAGAAGAAAGACAGGACAUUUAUCAAAAAGUUCAAUAAACCUUGAAUCUAGUAAAGGUGCAAAAUUCAACUCUAGAUCUUCAUAUCCCAGUAAAAGUAAGACAACUGGUGUAAGCUUGACCGGUAAUUUAUCAGCUCAAAGACAUGGAGUCCCUUUAGAAGCUCCAACAGCUCAAAAAGCCAGGGCUACUGAAAGAAGAGCUGUAUCCUCCGGGUCCUCCAAACCCUGUAAACAAUCUUUGCUUUCUGAAGACUUCUCAUGCGAGGAAUCUGAAUGGGCACAAACAAAGUCAGUCAAAGAUAUUGUUUAUUCUCUUCCACCAAGGUCUGGCAUUUCUCAAGAGAAAGAAAAGGUUCCUCGUGCUUGUGGUGAUAGAAAACGUAUCAGCACCUUAGCUCAGCUAGAUGAGAAAAAAAGGGUUCUUGAGGGGAAGGUUAUAUCUCACCAAACUUCAACUACACAAAACCAUCCUUCACUUGGUAGGGAACCUCCAUCUGAGAAGUUGAGGAAGGCGAAAUUAGGGGCUGCUGGUACAGCUACUUCUCUGAAACCAUCUUCCAAUGGUUCUUUCUUAAAGGAAAAGUUAACCUAUGGUUUAGGUGAUGGAUCACCAAAUUUGGAUUCGCAAAUUGACAUAGCACAAAAUAAAUGCUCUCUGUUGAAGUCAAAUUCUUCCAAAGCUGCGAAUUUGAAACCUAAAGGACAGCUGGUCAAGGCUGGACGUUUGCAAAAGCAGAAGGUUGAGAGAGAUCCGACUUUUCAUGAUGAUAGAAAGGGAAAGAAGGAAAAAGAAACUUCUUCUGGUAGUGAUACUUUAUUUUCAGGAUCCCGUUUUUGUAAUCCUGAUGCUGUUGGACGUUCAGGACAAUCAGAUCAUAGAUCACGGCCAAGCAUUUGCAAAACUCACAUAGAUUCAAACUCUACAAAUAAAAAGAAAAAUGUGAGCCAACAAGCUGAACACCUUGCAAAAGCUGCUGCUCCUAUGACUGGCCGUGCUUCUGAUGAAAUGCCCCCCUUGAGAGACUUGGCUCAGGUUGAGGCAACAGCCAUCUUACAGGGCCUUGUCGUCCCAAAUACUGAUUGUUCAUGGCUAGGCAAAUUUGUGAUCCACAACAGUGAGGGCAUUGCAAGGAACUGUGAUGGGGUUCUAGCUCAUUUAUCAAGUUGUGCAUCACUUAAAGUUCUUGAAGUUGUUGACAGGCUUCCUCGGAUUAUUAAACUGGAGGAACUACCUCGCUUAAGGAUUUGGCCAUCUCAAUUUAUGGGAAGUCAAGUCACAGAAGAAAAUAUUGGCCUCUACUUUUUUGCAAAAGAUUAUGUUAGCUAUGAUACAUGCUAUAGUGGAUUGGUGAAAUACAUGAUCAACAAUGAUUUAGCUCUGAAAGGAAAUUUGGAUGGAGUUGAGCUUUUAAUUUUUCCAUCCAACAUUCUGCCUGAGAGAUCCCAGUUUUGGAACCAGAUGAUGUUCCUCUGGGGCGUAUUCAAAGUGCAAAAGGUGAAUAACUCAGCAAACACACUAGUCUCAAAUUCUCUGAUGCAAGGAAAUGGAGAUACUGUGAAAUAGGGGAGCAAUUGAUCUCAAUGCGUAUACUGGAGAUGCAAAUGUUGACAGAGGUCUUAAUCUUGCAGUGCAGGGUAGAAGCACAACACCAGAAAAUGGUUCUGUUAGGAUUGAGCACCAUGUUAAGGAGCUACCAACAUCACUUUCUCCUGCAAUGCUUUCAACUGUGGAAAAUAUGGACCCGCGUGAUAGGCACGCCACAGAAUCUUUGAUUCUUCUCUCUAGGGGCAGUUUUUGAAUGAAGGAAACCUCUUAUUUAUACUUUACCCUUUUAUGUUAUUGUGGUUUGUGUUUCACUGGAUCAAUGAUAUUAAUAAUUCGUUGUUCAUACAUUUGUACCUAGAAUUUGGACAUGCCUUGUUUGUUUUCCAUUCCAGUAUCUGUUUUGGUGCCAGUGUAAGGCAUUUGACUUUA